AUGCAAAGCCUUUCGUUGAAUGAUGUUCCUUCCUCGCUGGAUCCCACUGACAUGAUCAUGCAUGAGAUCGAUCAUGAUCGUGUAGUGGAAGCCACAUAUAUGGAGUUUAGCUCCCACCUUACCCAAUGCCUGGAUGGGUUAACGGCAUCUGUCAAAUGGGAUGAUCAGGGCCAAUCUGCUUUUCUGCCGAUUCCUGCCAUACCCAUGCAAGAUAAGCAUGCAAUGGAUCAGAUUCUCGAAAUCAACAAUGUUCACAACGAGGGUAGUAAUUUGUCCUCCUCCCUCCCCUCAUCCAACUCUUUGAACAAUGGUGGAGGGAAACUGUUACCUCCCCGCAACUUCGCUUUUUCAUUUGCCCUGCCACCAUCGAACUCGAGUGUUGGGCAUAGUACUGCUGGCGCUGAUGGGUCCGCUUUGCCAAUGGAUGUCUGCCUCUUGGUCUCUGACACUAAAAUGUCAGUCACCAAUGAAUACACAAAUUUAUUCCAAGUCCCGCCACCAUCUGGGCCGCACAAACAAGUGGUCACGCCGCCUUUGUUUCAACUGCCGUUACCUUCAGGACCAGGCAUUGUGCCACCGAACACUGAUACUCCUGCUGCUGUCAAGCUCUCAGAUACCCAGGGAAUCUUUGCAUCGUCUUUAUUCCAACUUCCUCCGCCUUCAGACAAUUCACACAUCGUGCCCGAUAAGCCACCUGCUGCCAAACUUUCAGAUACCCAAGGAGUCGUCACAUCAUCUUUAUUCCAACUUCCCCCACCUUCAGACGAUUCACGCAUCGUGGCCGAUACGCCACCUGCUGCCAAACUCUCAGAUACCCAGGGAGUCGUCGCAUCAUCUUUAUUUGAACUUCCGCCACCUUCUGCACCGCAACAGCAACCUUUAUUCCACCUUCCCUUGCCUUCCGCACCAAAGUCACAACAAGAGAGCGCAAAACGUUUAUUCAACGUUACGACGGGGUCCACACCAUCCCAUGGAAUUGCUCAGCCUGAAAUUAGAUGGCCACCUGGCCUGAGUCCAUCAAGUCCUGUGUUCCUUGAGCUGUUGACAGAACUGUUGUUGAAUUUUUCGAGUCCAGCAGGUAUGUUCAGAGGGCAUGGUAAUAGCUUGAGAAGGAACCAUGAGGAAACAACUCACAGGAUGGUGGAGAAUUUGAACAAUAGAGUUGUUCUUGCAAAUCUGGUGGCUCGUCUUCAAUUGAUUAUAGCACUUUGUCGGAGAGCUGUCUUCCGAGAACAUUUUCCAAGCAAGUAG